CCUAAGUGAGACCGCUUUCUCUUUAUAGUCUUUACCUUCUCCGGGUUGGCUGUCUUGGUCUCCGCUCGUCUUUACCGCCCGGCGCCCGCCCAUCUCCUCUUCGCCUCUCCAAUCUCUCCUCUUCCGCAGCCAUUGCAAGCUUCUCCGGUAGAUCCUCUCUGUUCGACGUUGUCGCCGACCUCCAUUGCCGUGGUAGCCCCACCGCAGCCACAGGCGCUGGACUGCAAAUGGGUGACCAGAGUAUAUGUGAUGGAUCUCUCUCCGCAGAUGAUUUUUAUGUUGCCGCAAAGUCACUUUGUGAACUAUGGCAGAGUGCAAAUACAUCUCUUCCAAAUUGGACUUGGAUACCUUUUAAAAGGAUACCUACUGGUAUUUCAUGUAAUGAAGGCUACCUUUCUCUUGAGAAUGUAUUCCAUGUUAAGUCAAGCAAGGAACUUGUGAGCAGUCAAGACCUCUUUCAAGAAGAACAGACAGUAGAUAGUGCCACUGUGGUUCAGGUUCCCAGCAGUGUGAUUCACGCCUAUGACUUUCAUAUCAUAUACAGCUUUUCUUACAGGAAUCCAGUUCUUUAUUUCCAUGGACACAAAUAUGAUGGACAACCUCUAGCCUUGGACGACAUCCAAGAAGACCUGCCUGAAUACUCACUGAAACUUAUACGGGAAUCAAAAUGGACAUUCAUUACAUUCGAGGAGCACCCCUAUUUGCAUCAACCUUGGUACAUGUUGCACCCAUGUGGAACAAGUGAGUGGAUGAAGUUGCUUAUUGGUGGUGCUCUACAUGGAAACCCUUAUCCUGCUAAUUACUUGGUUUCAUGGCUGUCAGUAGUUGGCCAGGCAGUUGGACUUAGGGUUCCUUCUAGCUUGACCAGUAGUUGCUUCAAUGAUGCCUCUUCAUCUUCAAUAG